AUGAAGAUCAUCUGCAACAACAAAAUAUCCAUUUCCGCUUAUGAACAUAGGGGUGUGAAAAUGGAGCAAAGCACAAAAACACCAUCAGCUGAGGAGCUUUUAAGAAAGAUCCAGGAGCUGGAAAAACGCGAAUCUCAACUCAAACAAAAAAUCUCAAAACUCAUGCUUUCUGGUAACCUGAAAGAACCUGAGCCUUUAUCUAUGAAGCUGACAGAAGCUCAAUAUUUUAAUAUAAUGCAGUCACUCGGUCAGGCUCUACAUAUAUAUGAUAUUGACUUUCGGAUAAUCUUCUGGAGCCGGGGCGCAGAAAAUCUUUAUGGUUUUACACCUGAUGAAGUUUAUGGGAAGACACCAACAAAGCUUCUAGUGGAACCUAAGGACGCUUCGUUAUGUGAUGAUCUUCUAGAACGAUCACUAAAGGGAGAGACUUGGACUGGGGAGUUUCCUAUAAAGAAUAAGAAAGGGGAACGAUUUGUGGUUAUUGCUACCAAUACGCCAUUUCGUGAUGAAAUUAGAGGAAUAAUUGGGGGGUUAUGUAUAUCGAGUGAUUCACGUCCAUAUCAUGCAAGAAAGCCAGCUAAACCUGGCUUUGAUUCUCCACAACCUCUACAGAUUUCAAUUGCCUCAAAGAUAUCGAAUUUGGCUUCAAAGGUGAAGUUGAAGAUGAAGAGGAGAGACAACUACACUGAUCAUGAAGGUGGGAGUGAUGUCGUGGGUGAUCAUAGUGAAGCAAGUACCCCAACGGGGCAUAUUCAGUCUCCAUUUGGAGCUUAUUCAUCCAUGGCCACAGAGGAGCACCUUACCAAAAAACUCACAAUAUAUUAUGGUCAUGAGAGUGAAAACAAACCCGGGAUCUGCAAGAUAUUGUCUUCAAAAGCAGAUGCCUGGAUGGGUGGAAAAAGAAGUGUGUGGCCUUGGGAAGGAGACGAAAGAGUAGAGUCUUUUGAUCCUAUAUUUGGUCGUUUUGCUUGGCAACGGUUAGAUAUCAUUGAAGAACACAAGCCUGGUCUACAAACGAGCUCAUGUGCUUCCUCAAAACUAGACUUGCAACUAUGGGAAAAUACCAAUAAUAAAAUCAUGGCUUCAGGGUUAUGGUCUUCUUCAUUACAUGUUAGUAGCAGCACAAGUAGCUCAAGUAGCGGUGCAAGCAUCAAAAGCAAUGCCAUCAUCAAAGUGGAAAGAGAAACCGACAGCCUUGAUUAUGAAAUCUCGUGGGAGGAUUUGAUAACUCGAGAACAGAUUGGACAAGGCUCGUGUGGGACCGUAUAUCGUGCGCUGUGGUAUGGAUCAGAUGUUGCGAUCAAGUUAUUUGUGUAUCAAGAAUACCCAGAGGAGUUGAUAGUAUCAUUUAAACAGGAGGUAUCUCUCAUGAAAAAGCUUCGACAUCCAAAUAUUUUGCUCUUCAUGGGUGCUGUGACAUCAACUCCACAUCUAUGCAUUGUCACAGAGUUCCUUCCCCGUGGAAGUUUGUUUCGGGUACUUCAGCGAAACACAACCCGAUUAGAUUGGAAACGUCGUCUCCAUAUGGCCAUGGAUAUUGCACGAGGCAUGAAUUAUCUUCAUCAUUGUAACCCACCGAUUAUUCACCGUGAUUUGAAGUCUUCAAAUCUUCUUGUUGAUAAGAAUUGGACUGUGAAGGUUGGUGACUUUGGUCUCUCUCGUAUCAAGCAUCACACGUACCUCAAAACAAAGUCAGGGAAAGGAACGCCUCAAUGGAUGGCUCCAGAAAUUCUACGUAACGAUCAAGCAGAUGAAAAGUCUGAUGUAUACAGCUAUGGUGUGGUAUUGUGGGAAAUUACCACCGAGAAGACUCCUUGGGAUGAUCUUAACCCAAUGCAGGUUAUUGGAGCAGUAGGGUUCAUGAAUCGACGACUAGAGAUUCCAAAAGACGUGGAUCCACUGUGGGCUUCACUUAUCCAAAGCUGUUGGUGCAGUGAACCGCAAUCCCGACCAACAUUCCAAGAAAUACUAGAUAAGCUUAAAGAUUUGCAGAAGAAGUUUUUGGUUGAACGUAGGAGAAAGGAAUCCUAA